UUGCAUUAUCGAGGCUGCGAGCGCUCCCAGCACUGGGCAGCAGUGAGACUUUACAAGAAUCCCCUGCUACUUUUGCAAAAGCAUCUUGUUUUAGCAGUUAGGUUAAAGGAGGAAUAUGAGAAGUUCAACAAGUGUUCAUAGUUAUAACUGUCAAUGUUGAGGGGCAAGAUUCUUUGAAAAUCAGGAUGAACUUAAAGAGUGUCGGCACGCUGUUACUUUUCCUAACUCUAUGCAUAGAGGUGCAGAAGUCGGAGUCUGCGGCAUGUCAUGGCUGUGGCAGUGGAUCCAAGUGUGAUUGCAGUGGUGUGAAAGGAGAGAAGGGUGAGCGAGGGUUUCCAGGGUUACAAGGCCAGCCAGGUGUUCCAGGUUUUCCUGGAAUAGAAGGGCCAAUUGGAUCUCGUGGUGAAAAGGGUGAUGAUGGACCUACAGGACCAGUUGGGCCUAAAGGAAUAAGAGGACCUUCAGGAUUACCGGGAUUCCCAGGAACACCAGGAGUUCCGGGUCUUCCAGGAAAUGAUGGUGGACCAGGACUCAGUGGAAUUCCAGGCUGUAAUGGAACUAAAGGUGAUAAAGGAUUUCCAGGAGGUCAAGGUCUUCCAGGUAUAGAGGGUCCACGAGGUUCACCUGGUUUUCCAGGACAAAAGGGAGAACCUGGGGAAGUCAUAGAAAAUUAUAUCUCUUCAGUAAACGGAGAUCCAGGUUUUGAUGGUCCCAUAGGCUCCAGCGGAGAUUCUGGACCCCCAGGUCCCACAGGUCCUGUAGGUCCUCCUGGUCCCCAAGGUUUUGAGGGUCGUCCAGGUCUCCCUGGUCCACCAGGGCCAAAGGGAAAUAUGGGAUUGAAUUUCCAAGGACCCAAAGGAGAGAAGGGUGAGCGUGGAUUGAAAGGACCUCCAGGGCCACCAGGACAGGUUGGCGAAGUUAUAGGCCCAACAGCCACAGAAAUUCAACAAGGAGAAAAGGGUGAUCGUGGUCAAACUGGUGAUAUAGGGUUUCCAGGUCCGCCUGGACCACCUGGUCUAUCAGGUGGUCAGAAAGGUGAGAAAGGAGAACCUGGGGAGUUUGGAAAGAGGGGAAAACCUGGCAAAGAUGGUGAACCAGGCAACCCUGGACUUCGAGGUGAAACAGGAGAUCUUGGUUUUCCUGGUCCACCUGGGCGAGAUGGUUCAAGAGGUGAGAAAGGUGAUGUAGGACUUCCUGGACCUCCAGGAUAUGGGGUCGGGCCAUUCUCAGGUGAAGGACCGAAAGGAGAUAUUGGAGAUCCUGGACCACCUGGUUCUAAAGGGGACAGAGGAUCUCCAGGUUUUCAAGGACCACCUGGUUCCCAAGGUCCACCAGGAAUUGGAGGCCAAGGACCAGCAGGUCUGCCAGGUUUACCCGGAGAGAGGGGAGAGAAGGGUGAUGGAGGACGGCCUGGAAGCACCCAACCAGGACCACCUGGGAGACCAGGUUCUCCAGGUCCCCAGGGAUUCCAAGGACCUCCUGGUCCUCCAGGAAUAUUUAACGGUGAUCUGGAAUGUCAGCGCGGCUCUCCUGGAACUCAAGGCUUGCCCGGGGAGCGUGGAUUGACUGGAGAAGAAGGACAAAAAGGUCAAAAAGGAGAGACAUGUGUGAAUUGUUUUACGAAUGGAAACCCUAUUCCAGGACCCCAAGGGUUUCCAGGUCCUCCUGGAAAUUCAGGUGCACCUGGGUUGCAAGGUCCUAAAGGAGACAGAGGAUUCCCAGGAGGACCUGGACCCAUGGGCUUACUUGGUGGACUGGGAUCUCAGGGGCCCCCUGGAUACCCUGGCGAGAAGGGCGACCCAGGUGAGGCAAUCGCUGGUCUGGGUGUGAAAGGAGACCAGGGAGACACUGGCUUUCCUGGUUCUCCGGGUCUGCCGGGAUUGGAAGGCCGACCUGGUCGUGAUGGACCACCUGGUCCACCUGGCCUUAAAGGACCACCCGGCUCUGCACUGGUCAAAGGUGCACAAGGUCCCUCUGGGGAGCCUGGCUUGACUGGUCCUCCAGGAGACAGGGGUUUGCCUGGUUCCCCAGGAUAUGGGCCUCUGGGACCUACUGGAGAGAAAGGUAUACAGGGUGUUUCAGGAAGACCAGGCGCACCUGGAGCACCAGGUCAGAAAGGUGAACCUGGACUGGCUUUGCCAGAGAAAGGUGAACCUGGACUCCCGGGACGUGAUGGAGAUCCUGGUUUGCCAGGAGGUCCAGGUAACCCCGGCCAACCCGGGCAGCCUGGGUUCCCAGGUCCACCUGGAGCCAAAGGGGAGCCUGGUCUUACCGGGAUUGGCCUGCCAGGACCUCCUGGUCCUAAAGGAUUCCCUGGUAUUGCUGGUUCCCCUGGUGGGCCUGGUCUUCCUGGACGCCCAGGUUUAGAUGGACUUCCCGGUCAGCCCGGAUUACCUGGAUCCAAAGGAGAGCCUGGUUUUGGUCUACCAGGCCCUUCAGGUUCUCCAGGAUUACCAGGUUUUAAAGGUACACCUGGGCCUAAAGGUGAUUCUGGAUUCCCUGGAAACCCUGGUGCACCAGGGCGGCCGGGUAUUGACGGCGCUACUGGAUUUAAAGGCGAACCUGGAUUGCCUGGUGGUCCUGGCUCUCGUGGCCCUGUAGGGCCACCUGCCUUUGGCGUUCAAGGCCCCCCUGGUCCUGCUGGACCUCCCGGCGCUAUGGGGUCUCCUGGAAAUCCUGGUGCUAAUGGAGAAAAGGGAGACCGUGGCUUUCCAGGUGCGAGUAUUCCAGGGUUGCAAGGUGACAGAGGAAGCUCUGGACUUCCUGGUUCACCUGGUUCAGUCGGCCCACCUGGGGUUCCAGGAACAUCUGGUCAAGAUGGCCUAUCUGGACUGCCUGGGCCUAAAGGGGACAUGGGUGUGAUGGGUCCACCAGGACCUGCUGGGCCCCCCGGCAACCCUGGCAGAUCAGGCCUUCCAGGACCAAAAGGAGAUGAUGGUAUCCCGGGACGACAAGGACCCGCUGGUUAUGAAGGGCCAAAGGGAGACAAAGGUGAACAAGGCAUUCCAGGUCCACCUGGCCUAAUCACACCUACGUUACUACCAAAGGGACAAAAAGGAGAUCCUGGAACUCAAGGAUUUAGUGGAACACCAGGAGCGAAGGGUAUUUCUGGUAUCCCUGGAGACCCUGGUCUCCCUGGGCAAGAUGGAAGGCCAGGACAACCAGGAUCUACAGGCCCCAAAGGGGAUCCUGGUCUCCCAGGAAAUUCAGGAAUCCCUGGAGCCCCAGGACUGAAGGGUAGCAUGGGAGAGAUGGGAUUUCCAGGUGGUCCUGGAGCGAAAGGAAACCCUGGCCAACCUGGCCGAAGUGGCCAACCUGGAUCAACAGGAACACCGGGCUUUUCAGGACCCAAAGGUGAUCCUGGCUCACCAGGAUAUGGAGUACCAGGAAUUCCUGGGCCCAAGGGUGAACCUGGCAAUCCAGGAUUUCCUGGAUCCCCUGGGCCGAAAGGCCAGUUUGGCCAACCUGGACCUGCAGGGUUGACUGGAAACCCUGGAUCAAAGGGUGACCCAGGACUCCCAGGAAUCGCAGGUCCACCUGGCAUUCCCGGAUUUAAAGGAACUGAUGGACCUCCAGGUCCUUCUGGUCUUAGUGGAGCACCUGGUAGGCCAGGAGAUCUUGGACGGUCCGGAUUACCUGGCAUCACUGGUGAUAAAGGUCUGGCUGGUCGCGAUGGUAUACCAGGACCACCGGGACAAAAGGGUGAACCAGGUGCUCCAGGCCUUGGCGGCACAGGCCCACCUGGAUUCCCAGGAGUACCAGGACCUAAAGGAGACACUGGUUUUCUAGGCCUUCCUGGUAAUUCUGGAUAUCCUGGUCCAAAGGGUGAACCAGGACUUGUUGGUUUGAUUGGCCAGCCUGGCCCUGGAGGACCGCCUGGCCCUCCAGGUCUGUCCAUGCAGGGGGCUAAAGGUAACCAAGGCCUGCCUGGUCCUCCUGGAAGAAGCGGUCCUCCUGGUCCAGAGGGUCCCCGUGGACCUCCAGGUGGUGGAGGAGUAAAGGGUGAGAAAGGCUUUCCUGGACUCCCUGGGACACCUGGUGCACCUGGACUGAAAGGAGACAGCGGUUCCUCCGGUUUCCCGGGUAAUCCAGGUCUUCCGGGACCCAGUGGGCCUAAAGGAGAUAUCGGUUCUCCAGGUGUUCCUGGAUUCCCAGGACCCAAAGGACAGUUUGGCCCUGCAGGCCGACCUGGUGAGCCUGGUGAGCCUGGCGAGCGUGGAUUUACAGGACCUCCUGGAGAUUCAGUUCAAAUUCCACAACCUAUUGUUCUGAAGGGAGAGCCUGGUCUUCCUGGACCACUUGGUGAACCUGGUAUCAGAGGUGUACCUGGAACCCCAGGAUUGCAGGGCCUUCCAGGUUCAUCUGGCAACCCUGGAGAACCUGGUCCCUUGGGACUUCCGGGAUUUAUUGGUUCACCAGGAAUGAAGGGAGGUACAGGACCAGCUGGACAACAAGGUCAGCGUGGUUACCCCGGCCCGCCUGGUGCAGAUGGCAUUCCGGGACCUCCAGGUAUAUCAGUAUCAGCAUCCCUAUCACACGGGUUUCUGAUCACGCGCCACAGCCAGAGCACAGAAGUGCCAUUUUGCCCUCAAGGCACAAGCGUUAUCUAUGACGGCUACUCUUUACUCUACGUGCAAGGCAACGAGAGGGCUCACGGACAGGACCUGGGCACAGCUGGCAGUUGUUUACGUCGUUUCAGCACCAUGCCUUUCAUGUUCUGCAACGUCAACAAUGUUUGCAAUUUUGCCUCCCGCAAUGAUUACUCCUAUUGGCUGACCACACCAGAGCCCAUGCCCAUGAGCAUGGCGUCCAUCACCGGAGAGAACAUUAAGCCUUUCAUUAGUAGGUGUUCUGUGUGUGAAGCCCCGGCUAUGGUGAUAGCUAUACACAGCCAGACUGUUCAGGUGCCAUCCUGCCCACAGCGCUGGGAAAUGCUCUGGAUUGGCUACUCCUUCAUGAUGCACACCAGUGCUGGUGCUGAGGGUUCAGGACAGGCUCUUGCCUCCCCCGGCUCCUGUCUGGAGGAGUUCCGCUCGGCUCCGUUCAUCGAGUGCCACGGACGGGGCACCUGCAAUUAUUUCGGCAACUCUUACAGCUUCUGGUUGGCCACUGUGGAGAAGAGUGAAAUGUUCAGUAAGCCGCAGUCAGAAACAUUCAAAGCCGGAAACUUGCGUUCCCGGGUGAGCCGCUGUAUUGUGUGUAUGAAGAGGACGUAACGUAGUGACAUUUGUGCAGUCUAUUGUUGAGGAUCAGCCAUCAUCUACAGCGACUGCAGCCGUCAUUAUCCAGAUUAUCAGUGGGAUUCCAUUGGUGCAGUAUCUUCACGUUCAACUCUAUGGUGCUACUGUGCAACACAGCAAAAGAAACUGUAAAAAUACAUUUAUUAAUCUUUUUAUUAAUUUUCAAAGAAGUACCUCAAGAGAAACAUGCAGAUCCAGCAAGGUGCCAUGGCAGUUUGUGACACAAAGUGCAUUUGUAGAUUUUUUCUCACCUUUCCUAUGAAAUUUUAUAGAAACUCUUUUCCUGCAACGUUUUCUCACAAGAAUUUUGAUAUUACAUACAUGGUAAGUUUUUUUGGGUGAAACGUUCUCUCGCUCUUUUCUUUUCUUCUUAUGAGUGGAACUGUCUCCAUGUUACCAAAUCGGCACUUUGAAUAUCAAAGAGAGGAAAUGCACUGAAGCGUUACAUUAGCAGGACUGCUUUUUUAAGGCUAUAUUUCCCCCAUUAUCCUUUAUUCCUUAUGUUGUUGGUGGUACUAACACUGCUGUAUCAGGACAUUUUAAUAAUGUUUCAGUUAUCACUUUUGUAUGUAAUGAAAUGUGUAUAUUGUGUAAAACAUCUUUUUAGUAGAAAACUAAAACGGUACACAUUAUAAUGAUUUUUUGGGUUCUUUGUCAAUAUUUCCACGCACUCACUCACUCACUCACUCACUCACUCACUCACUCACUCACUCACUCACUCACUCACUCACUCACUCACUCUUUUAUUCACUAUUAGCUUACAUUCACUGACAUUUGUACAAAGAACUUUCUUUAAAUGAAACAGUAUUUUAUAUAUAUAUAUACUGUAUAUAUAUAUAUUAAAAAGAAAGAAUAUAUCCAGAAACUUGAUUUGGCUGUGGGAGGUUUUAUGUUUUCGCGAUUCAGUAGUUGCCUUGCCGAUUUGCAAAUUCUUAGCAGCAUAUCUGUUUUCAUAAGAUCAUGAAAAAAAGAGGUCAAAGAAAUCUAAGUAAUUGUUUUAAUAGAUCUCUCAAGUCUGACAUCAUUUAACCAGGGAGGAGAUUUCUGUGAAAACCAGUUUAAACUCUAGUCUUAUGAGUUUGUAAAGCUUGCAUCGGUUCUUAUCUGUGUUAUAUUACACCACAAUGUGGCGUUUAUUAAAUUAGCUGACAGACAAUGCUUCAUCUAAUCUAAAAGAGUGAAUAUGUUUUCAAAGACAUCAUGAGGUGUAAGAAUGUAACCAUGUUUCCAUUUUUAUGUUUAAAAACCAGAAGUUGUUAUAAACUUGACUGAAAUAAAAGAAUCAAACUUUGUCUGUGCAAA